AUAUCAUAUGCACGGAUUGCCAAGGUCACCAUUGUUUCUAGUUUUGUUUGAAAAGACAAGAUUUUCAAGGAAUUGGUAUAUUAAAAUGGGAUUUUCAAUGUUUGGACUGCAGGGAAUUUAAGAUGUAAUUUGAUUUGGAUGAAUUUGGAAACCAAAUAUGCAAUUUUCAUAUAUACUAGUUAAUGUACACGUGCAGCAUUUUUCUUUUUAUAUGAUUUUAGAUUUUAAGUGCUUAUCAUAUAUACCAAUACACAUCAUGCAGAAUACCCUGGAAUCAAAGAAAUGGACCACCCAUUUAAAUUCUAAACUUCAACACAUCCACCUAAGAAAGGUAUAUAACAGAAGCUUAUAGAACAGUAGUACCCAGAUGAAUAAAAAACAAGAAAGAAAAGCGAAUAAGAAAAGGGUAUACUUUGAGAGAGAGUCCUAUUAGUACAAGGUAGGAAUCUAUCCCAAGCUUUCAGAACCAAACCUAUAACUCCUCCAAGAAUAAAAUUGGAGUCAUCUUUGGAUUCAGGCUAGGAAUAUUGUUUAAAUCAGUCUAUUGCAUUCCUGCGAAAAGGCAUUGCCAUCCAAAAAUAACCACUGUUGAUGUCAUCACUCCUACAAAUGGAAUGGCCCUUCGCAGUUGAUUCUCCCUCCAAAGAAAUGGGGUCGUCCUCUUUCUUCGUGUUCGUGUUCUUCCUUCUUCUUUUCUCCGUUGCUUUUCCUAGUGUGCUAGCAUUCACGGGAACAUAUGGAGUAAAUUAUGGCAGGCUUGCAGACAAUCUCCCAAAGCCUGGAACCGUAGCGUUGCUUCUGAAAGCAAACAAGAUAAAGAACAUCAGAAUUUACGAUGCUGAUCAUGAAGUUCUUACAGCCUUCAACAAGUCUGGCAUUGAAAUUGUGGUCGGACUGGGGAAUGAGUUUUUGAAGGACAUGAGUGUGAGUGAGGACCGCGCCAUAGAUUGGGUGAAACAAAAUGUGGAGCCAUUCCUCCCCGAAACUUCCAUCAGAGGAAUCGCCGUGGGAAACGAGAUCUUGGGGAAUGCUGAUCCAGAACUCUGGGAGGUCUUGUUGCCUGCAGUGAAAAAUGUCUAUAAUGCCCUUUACGUGCUAAACCUGACUCGGAUAGUUGAGGUCUCAUCACCCCAUUCAGAGGGCGUUUUUGCCACUUCCUACCCUCCAUCGGCAGCCACUUUCAAGGAAUCUAUGCUUCCAUACUUGAGGCCGCUUCUACAAUUCUUCUCUCAGAUUGGUUCACCUUUCUACAUAAACGCAUACCCAUUUCUUGCCUAUAUCAGUGAUCCUUCACACAUUGAUAUCAAUUAUGCUCUUUUCCAAAAAAAUUCUGGGAUCUAUGAUGCAAAGACUAAACUACAUUAUGAUAACAUGUUUGAUGCUCAGAUUGAUGCAGCCUAUUUUGCUCUGGAGAAGGUGGGAUUUCAGAAAAUGGAGGUUAUUGUGUCGGAAACUGGCUGGGCUUCUAAAGGGGAUGCAAAUGAAGCAGGGGCUUCGUUGAAAAAUGCAAGGACUUACAACGGUAAUCUGCGAAAGCGGCUAUUGAAGAGGAAGGGGACACCAUACAGGCCAAAGAGUGUGGUGAGAGCUUAUAUUUUUGCCUUGUUUAAUGAGGACUCCAAGCCCGGACCAACCUCGGAGAGAAACUUUGGACUGUUUAAACCUGAUGGGAGCAUUGCAUACGAUAUUGGGUUUAAUGGCCUCUCUUCUUCAGCACCAUCAUCAUCCCUUUUCUCCUUUAAGGAUAUUGGGUUACGAAGUUUGUUCAAAUCGUCAUACUCAUUGGUUUACGUGGCUUCUGCUGCAGUUCUACUUUUGAUAUUCACGUCAUGAUUUAUCAGAAAUUUCAUUUCGAUUUUACGCAGUUUGUGAAGGCAUUUCAUUUCAUGUCCUGCAAUAUGUACAUAUUGUUGCAGUGUUACUCUUCUUAUUGAUUCAUUUGUAUAUUCUUUGUAUUUACAGACUCUUUUUGAGUUUAUUUCAGCGAUGAUGCUAUGCAAUCUUCUUUAUUGGAAA